AUGCCGAGCAAAUACAAGGCCUUUCAAGCUUGGACACACCCAUUCGGCAGCACGUACCCGCCAUACCGCGGACCUCCCGCAGAACACCCGCAGGCUCGUUCAUGCUUACCAGCCACGCUAGUUGUAUCUGCUCUGACAAAGCUCCAUGCCCAAGGCUCCUCUUUCGUCUUGGACCAACUUGUACCUGCAGGUGCGCGGCGUAAAAGCAACAAUGGCAGGUUUGACGAGAGCAUAUUCACAACGCAAUUCUACCAUCACUCUUCGCUAUGGCACAGAGCUGUCCGCGCCACAAGACUUUUGAGGAUCGUCAUGAUCAGAGAGACAGCGCAGGCCCGGCCCACACACCCAAGAACUGGGCAUGAGAUUUGCCCGCAAUGGCUACGUGUAGUCGAACACGAAACCCCCACGCUGACCUUUCCCGAUCGACAUCCAGGAUAA